AUGACCCUGUGGAGAUCCAUCGGUGGGUCUCGUCUUGAGCAUUUUGCUUUCCUACCCGCCCUUGGUUCUGCGGGGGGAAUUAUUGUGGGUUGGAACAAUUUGCUAUUUGAGGGUAAUGUGCUUCAUGUUAUUUGUGAGGAUUUUAACUCAAUUUUUGCUCCUUCUGAUAAGUCGAGUGGGGUCGCUAAUCGUGAAGACAUUAGAUUAGCACAAGCUUUUUUAAGUGACCUUCAUUUAUUGGAACCCCCGUCCAUUGGAAAGCGGUUUACUUGGACUAAUGGUCAAUCAGCUCUGAUUUGGGUUAAGCUCGAUCGAUUUUUAGUUAAUGCUCAUUGGAUCACUCUAUUCCCCAAGGUCUUACAGAAUAGUCUGCCCAGACUUGGCUCUGAUCAUGUUCCAAUUAGACUAGAGGUGGGGUUUCAUCUUCCUAUUCCUAGAGCUUUCCGCUUUGAGCAAGCUUGGUGUUUGUCUGAAAAUUUUGAUAGUCUCAUCAGAGAUUGGUGGGGCUCCCUUCACCCCUGUGGGUGUGGAGCCUUCAUCUUAGCCAAGAAGAUAGCCCGAAUUAGGGCGAGUCUCAAAUCCUCGGCAAAAUUUGAGUUUGGAUCCAUCAAGCUAAAGAAGCUUGGGCUCUUGCAUGAUUUGGAUUUGUUGGAUCACGCCAGAGAAGCUCGCACGCUUACCCCCCUAGAGGUCAAUGCGGAUAUUAAUCUGAAGACUGAGUUAGGGGUGAUCCUCAAGCAAGAGGAAAUUUAUUGGAAGCAAAGAGCCAGAAUGAAUUGGAUUAAAGAAGGGGAUGAAAAUACGAGAUUCUUUCACUCUGUUGCGAAUGGGAGGAGAAAUCGAAAUUUUAUUCCUUGGGUCUUGCAAGAUAAUACUCGGGUGGAAGACAUUGAUGGUAUUGGAAAAACUUUCACUUCCUUUUACCAAAAUCUUUAUGGAACUGAGCUGACAUAUAGACAUCAGAUCAACUGGAGUGCACUCUUAGGGGAUAAUAGUAUGCACAAUUUAUCUAAUCUUGAUACCCCCUUUACUCUUGAGGAAAUAAAAGUGGCGGUGUUUAGCAUGAGUGCGGAUAAGGCACCUGGUCUGGAUGGGCUUCCAAUGCUUAGCACUAAAAUUGAUGAUUUAAUUGAUCCAACUCAGUCAGCGUUCAUCAAAGGAAGAUGUAUCACUGACAAUAUCGCAACUGCUCAAGAACUUAUUUUCUAUAUGCAGAAGCAUAAAAUCUUGGGUCUUAUUCUUAAGGUUGAUUUCUCUAAGGCCUUUGACUCUGUUGAGUGGGGUUUCCUCUUAGAGCUGUUGAAAGCCAGAGGCUUCAGUGAGCGAUGGAUUAGCUGGAUUAGAACCAUUCUGGCUUCUUCCAAGGCUAAAUUCCUUGUUAAUAACGUUCAAACUGGGUACGUCCGCUACCGUAGAUGCUUGCGACAGGGGGAUCCUCUCUCCCCUUUGCUUUUUGCACUUGUGGUGGAUGUAUUAAGUUCUAUGUUUAAUCAUGCUCUUAGCACGGGGAUUCUCCAUGGGAUCCCAAUUGGGGACUCUGGGAUCAAAAUGUGCCAUCUACAAUAUGCAAAUGAUCUCCUGGUUAUGUCUACUGGAGGGGUGGAAGAUCUUAGGAUUAUUAAGUUGAUUCUAUAUGUUUUUGAGGGGCUUUCGGGUCUAGCUAUUAAUUCUGAGAAGACAUGUCUUUAUUCUUCACAAAAAAAUAUGGAGCCCCAAGCCUCUUUAGCUAAGACGCUACAUUGCUCGGUUGGCGUUCUCCGGUUGACAUAUCUUGGGAUACCUAUUUCUGGAGGAUUAACGUUGUUGAACUAUGUUCUUACUGCUAUUCCCACCUAUUGGAUAUCCUUGUUCAAGUUGCCUCACUGGGUGAUUAAGAGCAUUGACAAAAUCAGGAGAGAUUUUCUAUGGUUUGGUCCGGACCUGCAUCAUCCCAAAAUUCGCUUAGUUAGCUGGGUGAGAUUGUGCAGAUCCAGAGAGCAAGGGGGUUGGAAUAUCCUCAACUUGGAAGUGUUUAAUAAUGCUCUUCUCGGUAAGUGGUGGUGGAAGAUCAUCUUAGGUGGUCGCUGGUGUGGGGGUGAGAUUUUUCGAGAAAAUUACUUUGGUAGUAGGCCAACCUGGAAUCUUUACAAUAAGCAGUAUAGUAGAAGAUCGGUCUUUUGGAAUGGUAUUCUCAAGGUCUUACCAGCUUUUUGGAAAAAUAUUAGCUCUUUGGUUAAGGGGGGCUCUUCCACACUAUUUUGGCUUGAUAAUUGGGUGGAGGGACGUGUCCCUGCAGAUAUUUGGCCUCAUCUUUUUGAGUCUUCCAGGGACAAGGAGGGUACGGUCAGGGACUUGCUUAACAGGGAGUUAGCUUUCCCUUUUGGGGAUUUCCCUCGGGAGGGUAGUUUGAUUACUACUUUUCGCCUUCAGAAUAGUACGAUCAAGGACGGUCGACAUUGGAAACUCUCCUCUAAUGGGAUGUUUUCUGUCAAAUCCUUUUAUCAAUUCUUGAAUGAUGGAGGGAUCCGCUGUAGGUGGACUCCCUCCAUUCUCAAAGGUGGUUGUCCUAGGAAAGUUAACCUCUUUAAUUGGUUGGCCUGGGAUAACAAAAUUCUUACCCUGCAAAACCUUGCUGAUCGGCGGUGUAAUGUCCUUCAUGAUAUCACCUGUGUGAUGUGUCACGCAGAGGUGGAAUCUGCCGAUCAUCUUCUCACCCAGUCUCCUGACUCGAAGAAAGCUAAAUUGGAGGAGCCAAGUGGCAAGCUCAGAAGAAGCCUUGAUUUCCUUUCCUCUCAUGACUUGGAGAAGGGGGCUCAGUCAGAUCUGGUUCCUUCUCAGAGUGAGGGAUAG